CUGGAGAAUUCCGUUGGUAAAGAGGCGCGAGAAAAAUCUGGAAACCAGUAGACAACGAUAACGAGAGACGACAAUAUAAAUAUUGAUCCGAUGAAUAUUAACAUCUCACAGAAACGAAUUGAAACAGAGCAAACUACAAGCGAGAAGCACAAGCACAUUCUAGAGCUUUCAUUGGGUUGGUGGAUCGAGAUCGAACUGAUAUCUGAGUUAUUAGGAUUUGUGGAAUCGAUUGGUGGAGCUUUGUUUGGAUCUGCUGUUACUGUGUUUUUACUAUUGUAAUUUCUUCAAUCUGCGAGUCAUACUUUUUCAUCAAAUCCCGUGAUAAUGUAUCCUGCAUACCCACGGACAGAUUCAUACCCCUAUCACACAAAUCCAAGACCCAUAGAGAUGGAUCAUGGUAUGAAUUUACCAUAUUACCCCUGGCCUUAUGCUAGCCACCAUUCUUAUCCAAUCCCACAGGGUUGUCACUCAUGUUGCAACCAUAGCUAUUUCGGUUGUCCGUACAGUUUCACUUCCCCUUACACUCACCACCCACCACCACCACCACCAUUUCACACCCAUGGAUUCUACCCUCCUUUUCCCGGAGCUCACCCUGCUUACCCUGUCCCACCACCACCACAUUAUUCUAUGGAGCAGCCAAGAUACGAUUAUGACAAAAAUACCCCUACUACUACUACUACUACUCAUCAUUGCUCUGGAUGCGAGAAAAAGUCAAACAUUGGACAAGAGGAGCCAGAAGUUGAAAAGAAAACAUUCUUGAAGGACUCCCCUUAUCCAAUCAUGUGGGUCCCUCCUAGCUACAUGAACACCACCGAAUCAAAAAAUGCAAAUGAGAAAGAGAAUCAUUCCCAUGAGCCUGUUUUAAAGACUAUUCAACCUUCAAAGCAAGGAGGAAAUGGUGAAAUACCCCAAGAAUCAUUCCCUUUUCCUAUAUUUUGGUUGCCUUCUAGGAAUAAUGAAGUGGGAAAUAAGGACAUGAAGGAGGACAAUCAAAAUGCUGAUGAAAAGACAAGGAAAAACGAUGAGGCUGAAUCGGAAAAUAGUAGUAAACAUGGUGUUCAAAAGGUGAUUCCGGUGAAACAAUUAGGGACAAAAGAGGACAAGGCAUCACAGAAGACAUCAAAACUGCCUCCUGUUUGUUUACGAAUUGAUCCACUUCCAAGAAAGAAGAAGAGUUCAUCACGAUCACCUAGUCCUCCUGGUGAUAAAGAAAGAUCAAAAGUGUCGACAACUAAAGAUUCAAAAUCUUUUAAACAACAAACACAGUCAUCAGAAGACUUGAAGAACGAUAGCAAGAAAGUUGAAAAAGAUAGCAAUGUUGAUUCUUGCAGUGAAAAGGGAGUGGAACAAGAUCGAUCGAGUGAAGUUGAAGCUUCAAAAGUGGGGAAAAGGAAAAUUUUGUCUGAAGAUGAAGCAGUGUUGAUGAUACAGUCUGCGUAUCGUGGUUUUGAAGUGAGGAAAUCGCAGCCGUUGAUGAAACUAAGGCAAAUUGCUCAAGUUGGAAAACAGGUGGUUGAGCUGAGAAAUCGUAUUCAGGAUCUGGAGUCAUCCAUGGAUGACAAGCAAAAAUUGAUCAUCGGAGAGACCAUAAUGAGUCUUCUCCUGAAGCUAGACACCAUUCAGGGUCUGCAUCCGACUGUGAGAGAUGUUCGGAAAUCGGUGGCAAAAGAGCUUGUGGGUUUACAAGAGAAGCUUGAUUCGUUAACAUUUCUGAAAUCUGAAACCCCAAGCGAAACUACAGAAGAAUCUCAAGAAGAUGAUGGUGGAAAAAUCAGAAAUACCGCUCUUGAGCCACAAGUGGAAUCUCAAAAUGAAGAAAACUCCGGCGAGCUUAAUAACGAUCAGAUUACGACAUUGGUAGAGCCGGAGCAGCCUUUAGAUGAUUCCAUUGAUCGGGAACAAGCUCAAUCUGGUAACAAGGCUCAUGAAGUCGAAGUUACAGAUUCUGUACACGAUAUGACGCCGGAGCAACUGGUUGACCAGAUCACAGGCGAUGUUAAUAACGACCAAAUUCAGAUGGCGGUGACGACCGAGCGGCCUGUAGAUGAUGAUGAUGUCAUCCAAGAAAAGUCGUAUCAGCCACAAUCGGUAUCUGGAAUCAGUGUUGAAACCAUGGAAUCCGAUCUAUGUGAGCAUGGCGGCGACAAUCAUGAAGUCAAAGUUGCAGAUCCUGUACACGAUAUGAAGCCGGAGCAAUUGGCUGAACAGAUCACCGGCGAGCUUAAAAAUAACCAAGUUCAGACGGCGGUGGCGGCCCAGCAGCCUGUAGAUGACGUCAUCCAAGAGAACUCCGAUCAGGAUCAGGCACAUUCGGAAUCUGGUACCAGUAUUGAAACCAUAGAGUGUGACGGCGGCACAGAAGCUCGUGAUAUCAAUCUGGUGCCACAGGUGGAACCGGAAGGGAAACAGAGCAUGAUAGAGCUCUCCGGCGAACAGCUUGAGAUGGUGGAGGAGAUCGAGCCGCCGGUGGAAGAAGAGAAGUCCGAUCAGAGAGAAGCCCUAGUUUUACAAAACGUGGAUACUAUGGAAGAUCUAACCACCGCUACAGUGGAGGUGGAAACGGAUGUAGGCACGGUGGAGACGAUGGAGUUAGGUAAAGAAGAUGUUGACCUGGAAGUAGCUCCAAUGGUGGAUGAUGUUGAUGGCGGCUCUAAGGAGGUGGUUCUAAUGGAGGAUGUUGGAGGAGCUCCGCCAUUGUCUGCCGCAGGAAGCCAUGGUUCGAGUGGUGGUGGUGACACGAAUAUAAUGGAGGAGAACGAGAAGCUGAGGGUGUUGGUGGAGGAGCUGAUGAAAGCGGGGAAUGAACAGGUGAGUGUGAUAAAGGAGCUUACAGGGAGAGUGAAAGAUUUGGAGAAGAAACUGUCAAAAAAGAAAAGGAAAGUCAAAAGGUCCAACAGGAGGCCACGUGGCUCCCUUGUUGAAGAAGUGUGCGUAGUGUAAAGUUGUUACAAGUAUAUAUGUCGUGUAAGAUAUGUGAUUGUUACAAAUGAAUAAACUUUUUUUUUUCUUUAUACUUGUAUGUACAUUCGGAU